UUCUUUUCGUUGAAAUGGAAAUUAAGUUUCCAUUUUCCCUCAUCAUCAUCACUUUCAUCACCCUUCUCUUCCUCUCAUUCAACUUAAUCAAGAACGUUACAAAGAAAUCCAAGAAAAGUAGUAGUGUGAGUGUCGGCGGAAAAGUGCCGCCGGGACCGUGGAAAUUACCAUUUAUAGGAAGCAUCCACCAUCUGGUAGGGUCAGCACCACCCAAUCAUGUUCUAAGAGAUUUAGCUCGGAAACAUGGCGGCAUAAUGCAGCUCCAGCUGGGGGAGAUUUCCGCGGUGGUGAUAUCCACUCCCCGGGCGGCGAAACAAGUUCUGAAAACCCAUGACGUGGCCUUCGCCAGCCGCCCGGAAAUCCUAGCCUCCAAGAUUAUGAUGAACAACGAAGACAUCGCGUUUGCUCCGUACGGCGAGUACUGGCGACAGAUGCGCAAAAUCUGCACCUUGGAGCUCCUCAGCGUGAAGAUGGUGUCGUCGUUUUCGCCCAUCCGGGAAGACGAGGUUUCCAAGAUGGUUCAGUGCGUGAAAUCGUGUUCGGGUUCGGGAUCGGGAUCGCCACUCAACCUGACGGAGAAGAUCUUUCAGUAUACCAACGCGGUGGUUUGCCGAGCCGCAUUUGGGACGAAAUUCAAGGAUGAAUUGGGAGUUGUGUCGCUGAUAAAUGAAGGGGUUGCCUUGGCUGGAGGUUUCGACGUGGCUGAUCUUUUCCCUUCUCGGAGAUUUCUGCAUCUACUCACUGGGAUGGAGGCCAGACUGAGGAAGCUGCGCCGUAGAACUGAUCAAAUAUUUGAUCAAAUCAUCGAGCAGCAUAGACAGAAGCGCAAGGUCGACGGAUUUUGCGACGAAGAUAUAGUUGAUGUGCUUCUUAGACUCUAGGAAAAGGGUGGCUUUAACUUCCCAAUCACAACCGACAACAUCAAAGCUGUCAUUCAGGUCAGGGAGCAUUAGUCAAUCAUAAAGUCAGGUGGUAAAAGUGCUCUACCUAGAGAUUGGAGGUUUGAUCCUUAAACACUUGGGUUUGAGCCGGUCAAUUAUGAUUAUCUGUACAGUAAUUCGCUUUGCUUGUAAAUAUGUAUUUACAAAGUUCUGGAGGAAUGAUGUAAACGAUGAUUUUCAUUUAACAAAAAAAAGACAGAAAAGAAAAAAUCA